ACACACGAGGCGGGCAAGAUCGGUAACGCAAUCUCGCUCGGCCAAGGUCCCCUGCGCACCGCGACUGUACUCUUUUCAGGACUGCGUGCACAUGACUCACGCGCGCGCGCGCUCGUUUCAUUCAAACUUCGCGUCGCAAUGUACCGGCUCUCAGUGGAUUAUAUAUGGAGAGAGAAGGAGCCGGUGUGUAAGUAGUUUCGUCAUUUACAUUUUCGAGCACUGCGUCAUUUUUCUGGUAGAUAGAGAGAAAGAGCCAGAGAAGAGAAGGAGGAGGAUUCAAUGCUAUACAGUGUGCCGAACGACGGAUUUAUGAGUGGUCUAUUUGCAGAGUGCGCGAAGUGUCGAUGUGGAGUGGAGAUGAACUUUCGCGAAGGUCUCGGUGAGCAAAUUUUUUUUUCGAGGAUUAUUUUUAACGUUGCACUUUGAGUUCUUGCUUUUGCUUACAAAGAUUAAUUCGAUGAUAGCUAUCGUUGCUAUCGGAGAUUGUACGAGUUUUAAUCGUUGUAUAAGAAAAACCUGAUAAAUUAUCGGAUUCACAUUAUCGCGGACAGUGUAAUAAUAAUUGAAAAAGUAACGCAGUUAAUCGCAAGAAAAAAUCAAAUCCCGACAGACUGGUUCCGUUUUCCUAUACAACGGCCAAAAAAACCGAAAAAGUUUCCUCUCCUUUGCACCAUACAGCAUCUUUAAAUAGCCCGCAUCGCAGACAAAAACGUCUGGCGCCCAUAAAGCUAAGAAGCCGCAGCACACGAUCGUUUCAUCACUCCCGGAACAAUAUAUGCCCCCGCAGGGCAGGCGCUUAAUUAAAAUUGUGCGAGUCGAGUUAGCGAUGAGUGACGACGAGACUUUUAUAAUACACAAUAUACUCCCGCCGCCCGUUAAUUUAUAUAAAAGGACGAAAGUACAACAUCGGCUGCUCAGAAGGACGCGUAGCUCAUCAUCGCUGCCGCGAGAUUAGAAGGAAGAAUGCGGAGGUGAUAAGAACGCGUGCCAGAAGUCGAACUUGUUGCUCGUCGCGCUCGAGCCUUAAGUACAUACUAUACAGUGUUUAUAUACGACGAUCCGUCGACAGGUGAUGCUCUCGCGCAUUCGCCUCUUUUUUCCGCGCGCGCGUGGCAGCUUAUCGAGCUUGGGACCGGCUCUUUUUUUAUGCACGACUGUAUUUACCCGAGCGAUGAGCGAUUUGCUUGACGUUAAUGGGUCGAGAUUACGACGCUUGAUUUUUGGAACGUGCCUCGAGCUGGCAAUUUGGGUGGAAAGAGAAUUUUACUUUUGAGCGUUACGUAACAUUUUAAGAAUUUUCGGGAAUAUUCUCAAUCGACGAUUUUCAAAACGAAGAGUUUUUUUGUUGGAUUGUGGACGUGGAAAGAUUGUAGUGCAAAUUGUAUUUGGACAGUCAACGGCUUUAAUUCAAACUUUACGACUUUACGACGCUGAGUUUUGCAUAUCGGGUAUACGUUGAAACGUCGCACAAAAAAUAUUUCAAGAAGACUCCGAAGAAGUACACGUUUUAGCUUUCAAACCUCGUCGGGAUUAUCGGCAAUUAACCGAAUAAUAAAUUUUAAAGUUUGCAGAACAUGUGAGCGCACAUGCAACCCGAGACUUCAAUUAUCUCCCCCACACUGUUUUGCAAUUCAAACGCCUUCUUUUCUCGAACGCCUAACCUUUGCGAAUUUUUUCUUUCCUCGAAUCUCUCGAGUAUACUUCUCGAAGUAAUCGAAUUUAAUAAUAGACCGCGUGAAUCCGAUCGUUCAAUCGAUAGUCUCUCGCUAUAUACGGUAAGCUUCAACGAGUCGAUUAUCCGCAGUGACUUUUUUCAAUUAAAAAACUCGAAAGUCUUUCGUCUCGAGUGAGUAUCGAGUCACAGCUGCUUGAAUAUUCAAAACUCCAGAACGAAAAAACCCGUCGCCACGCGCUAAGGACGAAAUACAGUCGGUCGCCGGGUGCGGCGACGAAACAGGACGAGACGAGUAUACACAGAGGAGACGGUGGAAGGGAAGAGACGCCGGUGAAAGGGACACGCCAAAUUUUCGCGCGACAACGGCAGCGACCCGACAUCUAGCGGUUAUGUGACAAGCCGAGAAGCGUCGGUACAGUAGAAAUUGUCCUACCGACCAUCGACUGCUGCGUUCGAGAGACGGAUUUAUUUUGUUUACUGUGGCAGACAGCAGCAUGGCAAACAGAAACCGAUCUGAAACUGAGAGGAGUGUUAAACAAAGUGAAAGGAACAAUGCCGAGGGCUCGAAAAAACCUUUCAACAAGAAGAAAUACAGGGAGCAGAAGUACAGCAAUAAAUUCAAAGUCAAUCAAUGGGAGGAAAAAAGAAAAAAGGCAAUUCUGAAGGGAUUCUACAAGGACCUGAAGAAGGAGGAAAAAGCAGCCAAUUUCAAGUUUUCAAGGAAAUCUAAUUCUGAAAAUCCAGAAGAUGACAACAGCGAAUCGUCAAGUAAGAAAGCCAAGAUCCCAUUUUUCUCUGCCAAGCAAGAGUAUUUGAAGAAGAAGCAAGAGAAGGAUCGCAAGAAGGAAGAACUCUUGAAAGCCCAAGAGGAGCGAAAGAAAGCAUUGGAGAAGUACAAAGAGAAAAAGAUGCAGACUUAUAAGCAGUUGUCGAAGAAGACGAAGAAAGGUCAGCCAGUGAUGAAGGGCAGGAUGGAAUUGCUGUUGGAGAAGAUUCAACAGAGCACUUGAUGCAUGAUUUCCCCUUAACUCACAAGCUGCAUUUAACACUGUAAAUAUGACUAUUUUGUAAAAAAAUAUUUAUUAAAAAUUUUACUUGAUUCCAAACCAA